AUGUGUCAAAAGAUCGAUUAUAGCUCAAACGCAAAUGCAUUAAGGCUUGUUCGUGCUAUCUGGUUAUUUCAUGUAUCUAAAGUGGUUGAGUGUUUAGAUACCUUCUUUUUUAUCAUUCGUGGACGGACACAUCUUGUUACAUGGUUACAUGUUUAUCAUCAUUGUACAAUGAUUCCAUUAACAUGGGCUGGUGUCAAGUGGGUAGCCGGUGGGGAAUUAUUUCAACCAGUUGCUGUGAAUAGUUCAGUUCAUGUGAUAAUGUAUAGUUAUUAUGCAUUGGCAGCACUUGGACCUAAUUGGAGAAAAUAUUUAUGGUGGAAACGUUAUCUAACAUUGAUACAAAUGAUCCAAUUCACCUAUGGUAUGCUGUACUCAUGUGUAUCACUGUGUAUUCAAUGCAGUUUACAAAAGCCCGUUUAUGGCUUAAAUCUAUUCUAUGAAGGUAGUCUAUUCUUAUUAUUCUACAAAUAUUAUCGACAAUCUUAUCAUAAGCCUAAAGGAGAGAAAGCAAUUAAAACGGCUGAAAACAAUCAAUCAGCGGAGAAUGCAAAGCUUGACUAA